UUGUUCUGAUAUUAAUGACUGCUGAGGAGACGGCGGCGCAUCUAUGUGGUCCGCCUGACACUUGAUCGAGGGGGAGAGAUGCGCCCUCAACAGCCGCUGUGAAGACGGGAAGGGAAGGGCACAGGGAACACAUGAAUCUCUUCUCCAGAGUCUCUCCAACCUGCUUUUGGACUUCGCUUCUUUUUCCCCCUUUCUUUCUUUUUUUUGGUUCGCCGUGUGGACCAGAGGCUCGGACUGAUUUCUCAUCAGCUGCGUGAAAAUAAGAAGACCACGCAUUGUUGACUGGCUUUAUGUUGCGCGCUGGGGCUCCCUCGUCAUUGGAGCAGCGCGCUUGAUGGGAAUAUAGAAAAAAAAUAAAUAAAACAAAACACACACACACUGCUGCUUUGAGAGGCUGCGAUGGUGAAAUCGGGUAGGAAUGGACUGGGCCGUGGACUCUGGAAGCUAGUAACGGCCAUCAAUGAAUGAGGACAUCCAUUUUUAAAGAGCAGAUUUUUCAUGGAUACCUAUAAAUGUGCCCAACACAAGUCGUUUGAGGUUUAAUAUCACUCCAUCCAUUGUUUUCCUAUUUGCCCACUACCGCCUUCUCGAGUCUGCCUGACUGCAGCCUCGGCCCUGAACCCUGACACCAGCAGGCAACACUGAGUGAUUGGUCAUUACAUCCAAGGGCGUCUACACAGCAAGACAAAAAAACCCUCGGGAGCCCUGCUGCGGUUGUUGGUGGUUGUGGCAGGGGGGCGGUGAGUCAAUCGCCUCAGCAGCUGCAGCAAAUGAUUCAUUAUUUGUGAAGUUAACAGCUCAGACCACCUAAUCUACAAGGACCAAUUUCUUACUGGAGGGAAUCGGUCCAAUAUGAAGGACGUGUCAUUUGUGGAUCUCUUUGUUGGCUUGGCCAUGGCCUCUUUUGUUGUGGCUACAGAGGAGAGGCCAGAUUGCCCAAAGCUCUGUGUAUGCGAGAUUAGACCCUGGUUUUCUCCCAGUUCGGUGUACAUGGAGGCACAGACAGUUGACUGUAAUGACUUGGGACUCUUUAGCCUGCCGGAGAAAUUGCCAGUGGGCACACAAGUACUAUUACUGCAAACAAACAAUGUUGCUCGGAUUGACCAUCCCUUGGAUUACCUGGCCAACAUCACAGAGAUUGAUUUAUCGCAAAACAACUUAUCCUCCAUCAGCGAUGUCCAUCUGGGGAAUCUUCCUCAGCUGCUCUCCCUUCACAUGGAGGAAAAUUGGAUACGAGAGCUGCCAGACCAAUGUCUUGCUGAGGUGGCUAACCUCCAGGAGCUCUACAUGAAUCACAACCUCAUCUCCUCCAUUUCCCCGAUGGCUUUCCAGGGUCUAAGCAACCUUGUGCGGCUCCACCUCAACUCUAACAAGCUGACGGUCAUUAAAAGAGAUUGGUUCGAACCCAUGCCCAAUCUGGAGAUCCUGAUGAUCGGCGAGAACCCUGUUCUUUCUAUCGAUGAUAUGAACUUCAAACCUCUCAGUAACCUCCACAGUCUCGUUCUCACCAGAAUGAACCUGUCUCAGCUUCCUGAUGACGCGCUUGCCGGUCUUGAUAAUCUGGAGAGCAUCUCUUUCUAUGAUAACACAUUCCCUGAGGUGCCUCACUCUGCACUGAAAAAUGCAAAGAAUCUCAAGUUUUUGGAUCUAAAUAAAAACCCAAUCACAAGGAUACAGAGAGGGGACUUUGUGGAUAUGCUCCAUCUGAAAGAACUGGGGAUUAAUAGCAUGCCAGAGCUAGUUUCCAUCGACAGCUUUGCCCUCAAUAACCUCCCCGAGCUGACAAAAAUAGAAGCCACCAACAACCCUAAACUCUCCUAUAUCCAUCCUAAUGCUUUCUACAAACUACCGCGCCUGGAAACCCUAAUGCUAAAUGGCAAUGCGCUCAGUGCCCUCCACAGGAUUACUGUCGAGUCCCUCCCUAAUCUCCGAGAGGUUAGCAUGCAUAGCAACCCCAUACGGUGCGACUGUGUAGUCCGCUGGAUGAACAUGAACAAAACCAACAUUCGCUUCAUGGAGCCUGAUUCUCUGUUCUGUGUGGAGCCUCCUGAGUACGAGGGCCAGCAUGUUCGACAGGUGCACUUCAGGGAGAUGAUGGAGAUUUGUCUGCCACUCAUCUCUCCCGAAAGCAUGCCUGGGCAUAUUAAAGCACGGAAUGGGAGCUCUGUGUCUCUCCAUUGUCGGGCCUUUGCUGAACCAGAGCCGGACAUCUACUGGAUCACCCCGUCUGGGACCAGGGUCCUGCCUAACACUGUGUCGGAGAAGUUCUACAUGCACCCGGAGGGAACUUUUGACAUCUAUGAUAUCACAGUAAAUGAAGCUGGUCUUUACACCUGUGUUGCGCAUAAUCUAGUCGGAGCUGAUCUUAAAUCUGUCUCAGUAGAGGUGAAUGGAUAUUUCCCCAAAUCCGCAAACGGGUCCCUGAAUGUCAGAAUCAAGUCAGUGGAGGCAAACUCCAUCCUGGUUUCGUGGAAGGCCGGCCCUGGCACCCUGGCUCCAAACAUCAAGUGGUACACAGCCUCCGGCACUGAGCAUCCCACCACGGCGUUUACCACCAGGGUUCCCUCUGACGUCCAGGUCUACAACCUCACCCAUCUCAGCCCCGCCACUCACUACAAAGUCUGCGUGGAUGUGCGCAGCAUCCACUACAACCAUGACACCAAAUGUGUCAAUGUCACCACUAAGGGAUUAGAGCUGGCAGCCAAGGACACAGAAAAAUGGGACGCAGCGGUAAUCACCGUCUUUGGUGUGCUCCUGGCAGUGAUUUCCGUGGCGUGCCUGCUCAUUUAUGUGUCUCUGAGGAACCACCACCUUUAUGGGGAUAUAAGGAAAUGCGACUCUAAAGCUUUGUUGACACCAGUGGAAGCUACCGGUAUGCACUCUCCUUUCUUUACAAAUCUGUGGGUUACAGGGAAGGGACUGCCAAGCGGAGUGGAAGUGAAAGCCACAGUCAUAAAUGUAUCUGACAAUGCCUUUUAAGGAGCGCAGCUUUGUAGAGCACCACACACCAACUCCACUGAAUGGACGAGGCCAUGGGCAGGGGUGGACGAAUCUGUAGUACUGUUUCAAAGGCUUACCCAUUGCUGGUCCCCCAGCUCAGACACACAGGCAAAACUAUUACCGGACUGGGAUGGAACAGUUUAUAAUAGACUCAGUGCUCUCCCAGUUUCAACCCUAGCUGAGGUGGUGGCUUUGUUGCAUCAAACCGAGCUAACAUCAACCAGGAAGGGGCAUUUACUGCAAAAUGAUAUAUUUCAGUACCAUUCAGACAGGAAUGCCGGCCGAGGAAAGAAGGUGAAGACGAUUGACGAAGGUCAACUCUCUUGUAAUUGACUGUUAAAUGUGUUCAGAGUUGUGGAACUGUACGUGUGGUCCCAAGCAAUACCGUCUGUGCUUUGUAAAACCUCCAUAGACGAGUUAGAGAUACAGUAAUAACACCUGUCUAUAUUGGGAAGGGAGAUUUAGUAGAGUAGACAAAUAACAGUGACUAUGGUGUAAGCCUUUUGAUGAAAUAUACCCCCCCACCCCUUUUUUCUAUUUAAAAAUGGAUUCUUGAUUUUUCAUGGAAAUAUUGUUAUAUAUUCUAUUAUGUUGAUGUAAUGACAAAUCCUCUGUAUCUGAAUGGUUUAAAUGGGUUUUAAAUUAAGGCAAGGAGCAGACGACUUUUGAUUACAACGUCACAUUAAGCUUAAUGAAAUUCAGCGACAAAAUGUGUAUCAAGAGAGGACAUUUGCCAAAUGGCUGUUUAUGCUGUGUAGUUCUCAUUGCAUCGGUGACGGGGAAAUAAAUGCAUCGGACUGAAAACAAAUAUAACAGGUUGAUUAAAACCGAGGUGACUGAUGUGUCGUCUCCUCGCGAAGGCGGUCUGUUAUGCCCUGGUAAGUGCCUACAACAAGAACUACAUGAGGUAAACAGAGGAGAGAGUGAAGAGAUGAGUCAGCCGCGGCAGCGACACACGGCCAUGUCAUCAUCGCAGAGUCACAAGCUAUUCUCCAGUACUUUUAGUGGAAAUACUUUCUCAGUAUUUUUAGCAUACAUAUUUUAAGAAAACAUUUCGUUGUUGCUUUGGGUGUAAAGUUAAAAAGCCAUUUUUAUAUUAACUGUACUAUAUGUGAUCAAUGGGCACAACCGACUAAUUAAGAAAAGUGCUAAGAAAAAAAAAUAAAUGUCAUUGUUUCUUUUACAAACAAUUGCCUACUUUUCUUCUCAUGUUUGUCAUUUGUCAUGCAAUACUAUAACUAUACUACUUUUCUUAACACUUUAUAAUAACCAUCAUUGAUAAAUGGUAGAUUAUAAUUAAAGGUGCACUAUGUAGGAAAUUUUGUUUAAAACAUAUUUAAAAAUUAAAUAAAAUGACUGACAGAAUGCGACAAAUGAACAGUUCUGGUGGUGUUAACGACGCCCGUGUGUUGUAUUGCUGAGAUAUCUACUGUAGUUAGCAUGUUAACCAGCUAGCCCCAUCCUCUCCUGUCUCAUAGUACCAAUGCAAGCUCCCAAUCUGGAUAUCAACUCCACGGCUAAUUGCUGCUAACUAGCUACCAGCAGCUUCAGUUAGCAGCAGUUAGCGGUUACUCUGGUGAUAUGCUGCCCCUAUUUGUUUAGAGUGACCUUGCCUUGAUGUAUAGCAAAUUCUUACCUAAUGCACCUUUAAACUGGGAAUAGAAAAGUUUUCUGCUUCAGCGUAUCGUUAUGAAGUAAAUGAUUGCACAAUGUAAUGCACAAUGUUUACAUUGGUUCCCAAUAAACCUCGCUAUCACUACAGAUUUUUGUCUUCCACUGGGGACGUCGUCACCAUGGAAAAGGAAGGUUAGCUGGCAGUCCACAUCUAUUAUAGACUAAAUGAUUGAAUAAACUCACGUUUUGUCCUGCGUUUUGUCUGU